AUGUUUUCUCCAUAUAUUAUGUCUCAUACCUCCGACUCUCUCUCUCUCUCUCUCUCUCUCUCUACUCCACUCUUUAUCGCCUGUCUAUAUCUCUCUACAUCUCUCUUUUCCCUCAUUCUGUACUUAUAUAAGCUCUAUUCAUCUUCUCACGAAUACCUUCCCUCUCUGUUUGCAAUAUGUCCCCCCCUCUAUAUGAUUUCGAUUCCUUCUCUCCUUAUCAUUGCUCUGUUUUUUCUCUUUAUCGCCUGUCUACAUCUCUUUCCCUCAACCCUGUAUUUAUAUUUUCUAUUCAUCUUCUCGCGAAUACCUUCCCUCUCUGUUUGCAAUAUGUCCCCCCCUCUAUAUGAUUUCGAUUCCUUCUCUCCUUAUCAUUGCUCUGUUCUUCUCUCUUUAUCGCCUCUCUAUUCAUCUUCUCGCGAAUACCUUCCCUCUCUGUUUGCAAUAUGUUCCCCCCCUCUAUAUGAUUUCGAUUCCUUCUCUCUUCAUCAUUGCUCUGUUCUUCUCUCUUUAUCGCCUUUCUCUAUCUCUCUUUUCUCUCACUCUAUAUUUCUAAGCGCUCCCUUUAUCUUUCCACAAUAUUUUCUCUUUCUCUCUGCGCUCUGUUCCUCCCUCUACAUGAGCCCUUUGUUUCUUCUUCUCCUUUCAUCACCAUCUCUUUAUCCUCUGCCUACAUCUCUCUUUUCCGUCACUCAUGUGUGCAUUCAUUAUCUUCUCACAUUAUCUUCUCUCUCUAUCCGCUCUCUGUCCUCCCCCGUAUAUGAACGAUCUUUUUCUUCUCUCUUCCUCAUUGCUCUACGACAGCUUUUACUUCCGCCACUGUAUUCCUCCUGUUGUUUUUAUCUUCACUCUGUUUCGUCUCCUCACUUCACCCUCCGUUUAUCACUCUUUCUGUUGAUAACCCUUUCAAAUACUUCUCCCUUAUUUAUCUUCGCUUUCUUUCUCUAUCCAAUCAGUAAUGCAACUCCUCUUCCUACUCCUCCUGCCUUCAUAACUUUACCUCUCUUUUGUUUAUUUGCCUCUUCUCUUUUUAUUAGCAUCCAAGGCUUUUUUCCCAUGAUGCAAUUUUUUCCCAUGAUGCAAUUUGAUGAAAGUCACUUCAUUUGGAAUAUUUUUCUCUUUCAAUUUUUUUUAUUUCUAUUAUUUUUCAGUUCCAUUAUUUUUUUUCUCUAUCUAUUUUUCUUUUUAACCCAACUCUGGAAAAAGGUAGACACCUAUCUGUUUCUUUCUUUCUUUCUUUUUUCUUUCUAUCUAUCUAUCUAUCUAUCUAUCUAUCUAUCUAUCUAUCUAUCUCUAUCUAGCUAG